AACGUUACGUGCCAACCACCAUAAAACUGAAGAAGAAGAAGAAGAAGAAGAAGAAGAAGAAGAAGAAGAAGAAGAAGAAAACAAACGAGAAACACAAUUUUUCUCUUUAGUGAAACCCGAACCAUGUCAAAAGACAAGAGUACUUUGAAUCAGCUCAAAGACCUGGUGGAGCUAAAGGACCAACUGGAGGACAUCCAGAAGCGAGUAGAAGAUGAGAUCCAAGCUGGGGUUCCUCCUGGAGGCAGUCUGCUGGCUUCUCCUUUCCUGAAGGGAUUUCUGGCCGGUUACGUUGUUGCAAGGCUUCGUUCCUCAGCAUUGAUGGGGGUUGCAAUAGGAACGUGCACAGGGAUUUAUGCAGCGCAAACCUACGCUGUUCCGGAUAUUGAAAAGACGAUCAAGGAUUACAUCCGCAACCUGAAAGGAGGACAAAAAUGAGCAGAAAGUGGAAAUGGUAGAGAAAAGAAACAAGAUGGUGCCAGUGCAGCUACAUGUGGGGAACAGUUAUUCGAUAAAAGAGUUAAAACCAGGACAGAGAGACUAAUUUGUCAGCUAAUUGAUAUUUUUACUUGAUUCUGUCAAACUAGGGAAAGACAGAUUUAGUACAAGAAUGCAGAGAGUGUAAUUUCAUAAUAUAAUUCAAACAUAGUUGUGUGCAGAAAAUAUGACUUGUAAUAAUGAUUUCAAUUGAUAACCUUUACCUUUUAGCAUGACAGGGCUUUACAGUUACAGUGUUGACACUAUCUGAGCCAGUGGUUAUGCGACAGAAGGAAAUUAUUAAUCAAAGGUGAAUCAUUUUUCUAUAAAACGGUCAAAACCUAGAUUAGUGUAAUUGUUCAUUUGCGUGUUUCUACAUUUGCAGGUACGUUUUUGUUAUACUUUACAGAUUUGGUUUUACUUUGAAAAAACUUUAAACCAGAGACAAUUAUUCUCUUAAAUGUUAUCCAACUUUUCUUUAUGAUCCACCAUCUCCUUUUGAACAAAGCGUGUGAAAGCUAAAAUAUCUCAAGUUAAAAUUGUUUUAUUGCUUCUGAGAUUUUAAGCAGGGAUUUUUGUGUUUUCUGGAUAUUAUUAUUUCAGAGUGCCUAAAAUAGUUUGCAUGUGAUAUCAUCUCAUGCCAUUUAUGUGCAAUAGCCGCUUCCUGAUAAGACUGGGCUGCCUAUGCUGGAAAGUUUUUGAUCUUUUGCACUUGUACAGAUCCAAAGCUGUUACAAAAUAGUUUCUUUAUCUGACGUGUCAAAUGUUGUUGGUGAGGAAUUUGUUACCUAAAAUGUUGUGUUCGACUCGCGUGUGUACACUCAAACAUCUAAUCACUGAUACUACACAUGAGACUAGUGAAAUUAUAAAUUAAUUUGGGAAAUUGAGAGGACCACCACCUGCUGUUGAUUGGAAAAGAAAAGCCGAAUUUAAUUAGCAUAAGCGUGUCCAUAAAAACUUUAUAUAAAAAAAUCAUAUAAGUUGUAAGUGAACUUUUAUUGUUUGAUGUACCGGUAAUUAAAAAUAUGUUGAAAAUUUAGAUGCUUUUAAAAACAGACUUUUAGCACUUCAAAUAUUUAAGAUUCAAACUUAUUAGAUUUUCAAAAAUAUACUGCAGAAAAUAUAAUUGAUGUGAUGUUUUCAUUUACAUUUGUCUAAAAAUAAAGUGUAUUCUUCAGAUAGAGCUGUAGGAAAGACUCACUGGUUCUCUGUGUUGCUGCCAUCAGAAUUGGCAGUUUCUAUGUAAACAGAUGGGUCGGUUGCAGGUAAAUAAGCCGUAAAAGUAUAUAACGGUUUUAAAGGUGCAGCAGAAAUAUAUUUGUACUGUAUGAAAACUGGAACAGAAAAAAAAAGUGCCUCGACAAUCAUUGUUCUGUAUUUUUCAGUUUUUGUUUUCUGGCUUGUUUUGGUUUUGUUUCUCUACAUUGGUUGAAAAUUCCACUCUUAUAAUAAACCACCAAAACCGUCUGUAAUAGAUUAAUUUCUGGUUCUUAAAAAUAAAUGGGAAAAUUUGUA